CACAAAAAGCAAGAGUUCUAAAGAUGGAAAGCAGGGGGAAGAUGGGGCAUUUGUCCCCAAUGAUACAAGCCAUAGCAAUAUGCCUUGUAGCCACCAGUGUGGUGGCAUAUGAGCCUUAUUAUUAUAAAUCUCCACCACCUCCAUCUCAAUCACCACCUCCACCAUAUCACUACUCAUCACCUCCUCCAUCAAAGAAAUCUCCCCCUCCACCUUAUCACUACACAUCCCCACCUCCUCCAAAGAAGUCUCCACCACCUCCAUACCACUACUCAUCUCCUCCUCCACCAAAGAAGUCUCCCCCUCCACCUUACCACUACACAUCCCCUCCUCCUCCUAAGAAGUCUCCCCCACCUCCAUACCACUACACAUCCCCACCACCUCCAAAGAAGUCUCCCCCUCCACCAUACCACUACACAUCCCCACCUCCUCCAAAGAAGUCUCCACCACCUCCUUACCACUACUCAUCCCCUCCUCCACCUAAGAAGUCUCCCCCUCCACCAUACCACUACACAUCCCCACCUCCUCCAAAGAAGUCUCCACCACCUCCAUACCACUAUUCAUCCCCUCCUCCACCAAAGAAGUCUCCCCCUCCACCUUACCACUACACAUCCCCUCCUCCUCCAAAGAAGUCCCCCCCACCUCCAUACCACUACUCGUCACCUCCUCCACCUAAGAAGUCUCCACCACCUCCAUACCACUACACAUCCCCACCUCCUCCAAAGAAGUCUCCCCCUCCACCAUACCACUACUCAUCCCCUCCUCCACCAAAGAAGUCCCCCCCUCCACCAUACCACUACUCAUCCCCUCCUCCUCCAAAGAAGUCUCCCCCACCUCCAUACCACUACUCAUCACCUCCUCCUCCAAAGAAAUCUCCACCACCUCCAUACCACUACACAUCCCCACCACCUCCAAAGAAGUCUCCCCCACCUCCAUACCACUACUCAUCCCCACCUCCUCCAAAGAAGUCUCCCCCACCUCCAUACCACUACUCAUCUCCUCCCCCUCCAAAGAAGUCUCCCCCUCCACCAUAUCACUAUACAUCCCCACCUCCUCCGAAGAAGUCGCCACCACCUCCAUACCACUACUCAUCUCCACCCCCUCCAAAGAAAUCUCCCCCUCCACCAUACCACUACACAUCUCCACCACCUCCAAAGAAAUCUCCCCCUCCUCCAUCACCAUCACCACCACCUCCAUACUACUAUAAGUCACCACCACCACCAUCGUCAUCACCUCCACCACCCUACUAUUAUUAGUCUCCACCAUCCUCAACUCAUUCUCCACCUCCUCCAUAUAUUUAUGCAUCACCUCCAGCACCAAAACACUACUAAGAUGUUGUAGGGUCAAUUUGAAAUGUAACAGCAUGCAAUAAUUUUCUAUUUAUUUUCUUUUGUUUUGUUGUUUACGAAACAAAUUAGGAUUCCUAAUUUGUUUAAAUCAUCUGUCUCUAUGUAAUAAGGAUCGAGAUUGUAGAUCCAUGGUGAAUUCUUUUGUACUGAGAAGUGAUCAUUGUAACAUUUCUUUGUACCAUUUUGCAAUGUAAUAGUUGUAAUUGCUUUUGAAAGGAUAAAUAUCACAUUACAUUUCUCUUUCUGUCGAAA